AUACCGGUCUGUCAGAGAUAUGAGAAAAACUACAUUUCCCACAACACCGUCUGCGCUUUGCCAUUGGCGGUGGCACAGGUGACCGCAGACGCUCUGAGUUGUGACAACAUCUCGACGGACAAAACGAAAACAAAUUAGCCUCCGAAGUGCCACAGUGAACACGCUGUAGCAGUCUGUGGAAAUACAGAGAAACUAAAAGAGUUUUUCCCCCUUUAAACGCAACUUUUUCUCCGGACAGUGCCUGGCAGGUUUGGUAUUAACAGAGCACAUGAGAGAAGUGGACACGCACUUUUCGUGAACCUGACUACUUCACUUCGUUCUGUCUGACCUUCAGAGCGGCCUUUCUUCAUCUCUUCAGUCCCUUGAUCCACCCCCUGCAGAUUGUCAUCCACUUUCUCCAGCAUCCAGACAUGUAGUCAGCAGCAUAAGCAGAGCGCAUUCCCCCUUUUCAACUAUUUUUCCUCUCAAACAGCUUCCUCUACCUCUCGGGCUGGACUGCGGUGCAUUGACGUCGGCUCGCCCUCCCCUGCCCCCUCGCCCCCCAGCAAUGGCCUCACGCAUUGGGCUGCGGAUGCAGCUGAUGCGGGACCAGCUGCAGCAAGAGGAGCAGCGUGAGAGGCAGCAGAUGCAACAGCAACAGCAGCAGAAUGCAGUCCUACAGCCAUACAUGCAGCAUUGCAUGGCUGGGCCACCUGCACCCACCCCAGCCAUUAGCGCCCCACAGCAUCAACAAAGCAUGCAGGUCCCUGUGGAGGUCCUGAAGGUACAGACGCACCUUGAGAAUCCUACAGACUACCACAUCCGUCAGUCUCGGAGGCAGCAGGUGAAAGAAUACCUGUCCACCACUUAUGCCACCAAACAGACGAUCCACGCAGUAGCAGGGCUUGUGCCGCCCUCUCCUCCCACAAACAUGGGACCUACAGGGGGUUCAGCGUCCGCCCCCCCACCCCUUCGCUCCCCACACAUGCGCACUGAGCAGCUCAUGUCUGGAAACAGCGCCCCGAACAGCCCCAUGGCCAUGCUCAACAUCGGCUCCAGUCACGAGACAGAGAUGGAUGAGGUCAUUGAUGACAUCAUCAGCAUGCAGUCCAAUUACGACGAUAUUCAGGCAUACAUUGAUCCUGUCCAGAUGCCAAAUACACUCCCCCUGUCUAGCAGUCACCUGGAUGUGUAUACAGGUCCGGGAAUGAAGGGUCCAGCCAUUGCAAUGACCAGCAACUCCUGUCCUGCCAAUCUGACCAUCAAACGAGAACUGUCAGAAGCCCGUGCUCUGGCCAAGGAGAGACAGAAGAAAGAUAACCACAAUCUGAUUGAAAGGAGGAGGAGAUUCAACAUCAAUGAUCGUAUCAAAGAGCUGGGCACAAUGAUCCCCAAAACCAAUGACUGUGUGGAUAGUGAUGUGCGCUGGAACAAAGGCACUAUCCUGCGGGCGUCUGUGGAGUACAUCAAGCGCAUGCAGAAGGAUGCACACAGAUCCAGAGAGGUGGAAAACAACUUCAAACGGAUGGAGAUGGCCAACAAACAACUGAUGCUACGCAUUCAGGAGCUGGAGAUGCAGGCUCGUAUACAUGGCCUGCCCCACCCCUCUCCCUCCGCCCUGAACCCCAAUGACCUGAUGUCUUCAUAUAUAAAACAAGAGACCAGCCCUGAGGAGAACCUCUCUCACCCCCUGGCACAAGCCCACCACCAGCAACAGCACCUACCCCAGAACCAGUCUCAUCCCCAGGCCCAGCAGCACCACUUCCUCCCGCAGACCCACCUCCACCCCCAGGGCCAGGUUCAGCAGCAUCCCAGGCAGCUGCCACCACUCCCCCAACACCUGCAGCAGCCCCAGCCACCCAUCCAAUAUCCCGCUGUAGGCAGCUCCCAGCCCUUUGACUUUACCCAGCAGCUGGACUUGUGCGAUGGGAUACCCGGCUUCUCAGACGGCAUGUCUGGGCUGGGUGACCUGAGCGGACUGGACGAUCAUGGGAGGAGAGGCGACCUGGGCUUCCUGAUGAUGGAAGAGCCCUUGUCCCCUAUGGGAGGAGACCCACUGCUCUCUGCGAUGUCGCCUGAAGCCUCAGUCGACUCCAGCCGCAGAUCCAGCUUCAGCAUAGAUGAUGGAGACAUACUGUAGAAACAUGCGUACACAUUCACUCACACAAACAAACGCAUGCACGCCCAGAAAGGUUGCAAUAAAAAUUUAAAACUGCCUUAAAAGUGAUGGUACAACACAUAUAAAGCACACACAGCAGAAAGGAAUCAACCACCAGAUGUAACAUCAUUCACCCAGCACACAUCCAUACACAUCACAGUCUGAAUAUAAACAGAGGACACUCAUUUCUGGUACAAUUUUCUCCCCUUAACGGCACGAGCAAAAAAGGUACACGGCUCUCACACAGUUAAAUUUUCUCUAAGUGCGAACGUUUGUGCACACACACACACACACAUACUCACAAGGACGUGAGAUAAACUGAGCAGCUUGAAACUUUGCCCAACAGAGCAUUUACAAGAGGUGAACCAACACUGCCAGGUCAGGAGUUAUAUAGCACACUUGGCCUUGUUUCCAUAAAGGUGGCUCUGAAUCAUAAUUGAACAAGGGACAAAACCAGCAGUUAAUUAGAUUGAAGUUAUCAGAUACAAGGACAACCGAGUGCAUUGUCUCAUUUGAUAGAGGACAAGUUAUUUUCUCCUUACAUCAACCUCUUUUAGUAA